AUGGCCACAUCUCAGAGGAAGAAGCUGGUGUACUCUGUAGAUACACCAUUCUCGACGAUCCAAUGGCCUGAAAUCUCACUAGAAGACCAGGAUGCAAUUCUGGAACUUCUCUGCAGCCUCUUGACGCCUAUUGGCCAACACCGUCAAAGACAUGUGCAGCCAUCGGAAGGCAAACGGGCAGCUAAGAGGAAGAGAAAGGAAGAGGGCGGAGAAUCCAAGGCACCGGCCAAGACAGAGCGGCCGCCAGCACCAGAGAUCGCCUCAUUCGUCGAUGUCGGAUUCACCAGCAUCACCCGCAACCUCGAGAAGCUUGCGUCAGGCUCAGACCAACCAGCAAGAGAGAAUGAUGCCACCCCCAGCAGCGCCAGUCCGUACGCCUUGAUCUUCGUGGCACGGUCAGGCCAGUCAUCAGCUUUCAACUCUCAACUGCCGCAAAUGGUCGCUGUCGCCUCGAAAAACUCCCAAUCUACGCCGGCAACGAGACUCGUGGGAUACUCGAAGCCUUGCGGCGACAAGCUCAGCACCUGUCUUGGCAUUCCCAGAGUGUCAUCUGUCGGCAUUCGCGUGGAUGCUCCCAUGUCAAAAGCAUUGUUCGAGUUUGUCAACGCGCACGUCUCACCCGUGCGAAUAGCUUGGCUCGAAGAAGCCCAAGAUGCCAAGUAUCGGCAGAUGCAGUUGCAGACAGAAGAGAAGAUUAUUCCGAAGAAGGCGGGCAAAGCCUGA